AUGACCUCCUCCAUGUCCACCAUCCUCAUCGUCGGCGGCACCGGCGGGAUCGGCGAAUCGUUCGCCCGGGCAUUCCACAAGAGCGGCAAGAAAGUCAUCAUCACAGGCCGGCGCGAAGCUCGACUGGCUGCGCUUGCUGACGAGCUUCCCGGCCUCGAGACGUACGCCAUGGACAAUAGCGCGCUGGAAUCGCUGGCCGGCCACGUCCAGACCCUGCUGUCACGAUACCCGGCCAUCGACACCGUCUGGGUCAACUCGGGCAUCCAGUACCAGGGCAAUUUCCGCGCGCUCGAGAACUUCUCCGACGAGAAGAUCAUCACCGAGGUGACGACGAACCUGACAGCACCCAUCAUCCUGGCCCGACACUUCAUUCCGCACUUGCUGUCGCUGAAGCGCGAGGCCACCUUUAUGAUCACCUCGUCCGGAAUCGCCUUUGUCCCCGUCGGCAUGUUCCCCGUCUACACGCCCACCAAGGCCGGCGUGCAUGGCUUCCUCGUCGGCCUGCGGCAGACGCUGAAGGACACCAACGUCAACGUCAUCGAGAUCGCCCCGCCGUACGUCCGCACCGACCUCGACGCCGAGAACAGGCUGGACAAAGUGUUCACGCCUAUGGAGCUGGACCACUUCACCGCUCAAACCCUGCAUGCCUUGGACAGGCCAGCCAAGGACAUUAAGGAGGCGGCCGUGGGAUCAGCCGCGACUUCGGUGCAAGCAUGGCGAGCUGCCUUCGACCCGAUCUUGGAGGCGCGGAAACUCGGUGGUUAA